AUGCCACGCUCCCUUCCCAUGUCCAGAAAAUACCCCCUACGCUGUGGUGCCGCCAAGGCUGUCACAUCCAAGGGCCAACUCCAACAGCCGGAGCGAUUGCCUUCACUUACCCCGUUGACUUGCGACGAUGAAUGCUCGCGCUUGGAGCGCAAUCGCUCUUUGGCAUCCGCAUUGGGCGUCGAUAUCAACCAGACCACGACAGUCCAGGCUUUCACUUCCAGCAACCUGCCUUACUCUACCGAAACCCUCGAUCAGUACAUCAAACUCGCAUCUUCAGUCUCUCUGUCGACACUGCAAACAUACGAGUCGGCCUUGCACUCUCUGGCAACUGAUACAACGAGUCGAUCCAUCCGGUUCCAACCCGCCAAACCCACUCUCCGAGCCUUCAGCCAUUCUCUUGCGACAGACUGGGGCUUCGUGACUGAAAGCCACGACCCCGAGCCUCAUCGUCAUGUCUUCGUCCUCAAGCCUCUUGCAUGGACUCCUCCAGUCUUUGGCAUGGGGAGUGGUUCAUCCGUUGGCAUUGGCGGUAUGAGCGUCCGCGAGUGCGUCAAGCUCCGUGAGCGUGAGGCCACAAAAGAACGUGAGGCCCAGCGUGUGGCUGCUCUUGAGGCUAAGGCUGCCCGUGAUGCUGCCAAGUCUCAAGCAGGGUCGGAUGGCUGGGCUCAGGUUGCCUCUCGGAGCAAGGGUAGUGCUUCAAGCACUAGAAGCACCACGCCGGUUCAGAGCUCGUUCUCCGGUCGGUCAAUGUUCUCUGCUCUUGAUGGAAACAGAAAUAUGCCAUCCGACUCCAAAAAGGAGCGGUUGGUCCUUCGUUCUGGCGUUGGGGCCAGCAAAUCCCUGCGCCCACAACCUCCUGCGGAAGUCAUUGAUAACUGGGAGGAGGCCGAGGAAAAGGAAGAAGAGAUAGAAAGAAAUCAUGAUAAGGUGAAUGAUGAAGAGCCGCAGGAGACAGGGCCACAAGAGACCUCGGCGAGUGCGCCUGAAGCACCCGACGAAAAAGAACCAGCUGCAGCCAGUGAAGUGCCUACACCCGAUACGGUGGACACGCAUAAUGUGACAGAGUCAGAGGCUUAA